AGCCUCAAACAAGCACAUCAGUGCAACACACUGAAACGAAGCUUACAUUGCCAACAUGAUGGCGACCUACUACGCUGCUGCGAUCCCCACCCUCCUCCUGUUCUCCUUGUUAGGCCAUGCGCUCUCCGACGCGCCGCCGUCGACGCCGGUGUUGCCGUCGGCCGCGUGCAACGCCACCACGGACCCAACCUUCUGCCGGUCCGUGCUGCCGCCGGGCGGCAGGGGGAACCUCUACACGUACGGCCGCUUCUCGGUCGCCGAGUCCCUCGCCGGCGCCCGCAAGUUUGCCGCGCUCGUCGACCGCUACCUCGCGCGCCACCGGCACCUCUCCCCUAGCGCCGUUGGCGCGCUGCGGGAUUGCCAGCUCAUGGCUGAGCUCAACGUUGACUUCCUCUCCGCAGCCGGCAACACGAUCAGGUCCACGGACACACUCCUCGACCCGCAGGCGGACGACGUGCACACGCUGCUCUCGGCGAUCCUGACCAACCAGCAGACGUGCCUCGACGGCCUGCAGGCCGCGUCGGGGGCGUGGUCCGAGCGCGGUGGCCUCGACGCGCCCAUCGCCAACGGCACCAAGCUUUACAGCCUCUCGCUGUCGCUCUUCACCAGGGCGUGGGUACCGACGGCCAAGGCGUCGCACUCGCACAAGGGUGGCAACAAGAAACGGCACCACGGCCACGGCGGCAAGAAGCCCAAGCGACCCCCGGCGACCGCAGUGAGGAGGGGCCUGUUCGACGUGACGGACGAGGAGAUGGUGCGGCGGAUGGCCAUCGAGGGGCCCGAGAGGACGGUGGCGGUGAACAGCGUGGUGACGGUGGACCAGAGCGGCGCCGGGAAUUUCACCACGGUCGGGGACGCCGUGGCUGCCGCGCCGAAAAAACUCGACGGCAGCAGCGGGUACCACGUGAUCUACGUGCUCGCCGGCGUCUACGAGGAGAACGUGGUGGUGCCCAAGCACAACAAGUACAUCAUGAUGGUCGGCGACGGCAUCGGCCAGACCGUGAUCACCGGCAACCGGAGCGUCGUCGACGGCUGGACCACCUUCAACUCGGCCACCUUUGCUGUGGUGGGUCAAGGGUUCGUGGCGAUGAACAUGACGUUCCGGAACACGGCGGGGCCAUCGAAGCACCAGGCGGUGGCGCUCCGGUCCGGCGCCGACCUGUCGGCGUUCUACGGUUGCAGCUUCGAGGCAUACCAGGACACUCUCUACACGCACUCCCUCCGCCAGUUCUACCGCGGCUGCGACGUCUACGGCACUGUGGACUACGUCUUCGGCAACGCCGCCGUCGUGUUCCAGGGCUGCACCUUCUACUCCCGGCUCCCCAUGCAGGGGCAGAGAAACACCGUCACGGCGCAGGGGCGCAGCGACCCCAACCAGAACACGGGCACCUCCAUCCAGGGCUGCGCGCUUGUCGCAGCGCCCGAGCUCGCCGCCAACGCCGCCUUCCCGACGCUCACCUACCUCGGGCGGCCGUGGAGGAACUACUCGCGCACUGUGGUCAUGGAGUCGUACGUCGGCGCGCUCGUCGACCCCUCCGGGUGGAUGCCGUGGUCCGGUGACUUCGCGCUGGACACGCUCUACUACGCCGAGUACAACAACUCAGGGCCAGGCGCCGAUACCAGCCGCCGGGUGGGGUGGCCGGGGUACCACGUGCUCGGGGACGGCGCCGACGCCGGCAACUUCACCGUCACCAGCAUGGUGGUCGGGGACAACUGGUUGCCACAGACGGGCGUGCCGUUCACAAGCGGCUUGAUUUCUUGAAGGACGUAGUGAUCAACGUUUACAUUAGCUGUGUUGCUGCAUUAAGUUGAGAUUAAUUAUUAUAACUGGAACUAUGGUUGAGAGAAAUUAAGGGACAUAUGAAAGAAUAAGUGUAGCCAGCUACAGUAGUAGUAUUCUGCAUGGAGACGACUACUUCUACAGAAAAGAGAUCUUGUUGUAAAUUGCAACAGAUGAGAUAAAAGGCGUAUAAUACAUGUAGAGCUAAGUGUGGUUUGCAACCAUAUGAAAGUAGCAUGUUGUCUUUCGCAGACUACAGUGUUGGAUGAAAGUACAAUAAUAUAAUUUAUGAAGUGUUUGGCAGCGCUGAGUGCCAAAUA